GGGGCUAACUUGUAGGUAUAUUUUUAAAUAUUUUUUUUAAAUAAAUAACUGCAGAACAAACAAUUAUUAACAGUGAACAAUCAUGAACAAAUGAUGAACAAACGAAUUAAUAGAAAAUAAGUAUAAAAUAGGAAAAAAAAAAUUUUUUGAGGGGCUAACUUCAUUCACCUCACCAAGUUGCACGCGCACCGUUUUUUUAAUAGGUUAUUUUAUUUUAUGUAAUUUUAUCUUACCUUAUUCAUUUAAUUUUUUGUAGUUGUGAUCAAUUUUAAGAAAGUUUACAUACAAUAGAUAUAGGUAGCUUCAGUUUUCACCUCACUAAGCUUGAAUGAAUGGGUUAGAUUCCCGUUGCCUGUCUAAUGAACGAAUCCAACAAAAAAGUUCUACAAAAAUAAAAAUAAAUAUAACCUAAAAAAAACAUAUAGUAAUGUUACGUUAUAUUUUUCAAUAAAUUUAUAAAUCAACAUCUAAGCAUUAAGAUAUACAAUGUCAGCAGCGAAACGAGUACAGCAAUGGGCAACAUUUGCUCGUAGUUGGCACAUAUUCGACUGCAAAUGGCAAGAUCCUUAUGAAUCCGCUCACGUUAUAAAAAAAUAUUUGAUGGGCAUGCACAAACCCAUAUACCAUCCUAUGAACGAUUGUGGAGAUGUUGUUGUCUGUAUAAAUAGUAGAGAGAUAGCUCUUCGAGGCGACGAGUGGAGGAAACGUGCUUAUUUCCACCACACUGGAUACCCUGGAGGUGCUUCGUGGACUUUAGCAUGGGAGUUACAUAACAAGGAUCCAACCAUGAUCAUAAAAAAAGCAGUGUACAGAGCAAUGACUGGAAACCUUCAGAGGCGUCAUACAAUGCAGCGUCUUUUUAUAUACCCUGGAGAGAAUGUACCGGAAGACGUUUUGCAAAAUGUUACUAAUCAAAUUAGACAAAUACGUUACGUACCGAAAAGACUAGACCACAUACCCGAAGAAGAAGUGAAAAAUUAUCCCAAAGUCAUGGAAUACCCAGAAGAUUUUGUUGUUAAAUAAUUAUUGUAUUUAAAAGAUUUAGUGUGAUAAUAAAAUGUAGUACUGUAA